AUGAAUGGAGGUGAAAGCACAGCCACCAGCAGUCGUACAGCCCAGGGAACCUUCACGAUACUCUCAGGAGCAUCUUUCAGCACUGCUUUGCAAGAGAAAUCAUCAACAGCCUUCAAAGCUCUUGCCUUUGAUGUUCAGCAAAUGGUAGAUGAGAUCUUUCAAGCAAGUGAACUUCAAAAUGCGUAUAAGGAUUGUAAGGUUUUGCAAUUCAGAAAUGGCAGCAUUAUUGUACUAUUCAACCUUUCCUUUCUACAAUGGGUAUCUGAUAAAAAGAUAAAGAAUGAACUGGCUUCUGGCAUAAAAGGAAAUAAAAGUGAACUUUUGCAGACUUUCAGCAUUGAUGCAAACAGCAUAGAAAUAACAGAUAUGGAAGCAUUUAGUACUAGCAGUCCUUCAACAACACCUGGUCUCGGAACUUUUAGUACAGGCAGUCAUUUGACAUCCAUGAAAUGUUUGCCUCCUGAUGAACUAUGUGCUGAUGGUGUAAACUGCAUAGGAAGCGAAUACUUUUGUGAUGGAGUAUCAAACUGUCCAGAUGGUUCUGAUGAAUACAAAAGAGUAUGUGCUACAUCCUGUGAUGGAAAAUUUAUUCUGACUGGCUCCUCCGGAUCUUUCCAUUCUAUUAAUUAUCCAGAGCCCUAUAAUUCAAGCAUUGUUUGCCGAUGGAUUAUACAUGUAAAUCAAGACCAGUCUAUUAAACUCAACUUUAGUGCUUUUCAUACCCAGAAUUAUGUGGACACGCUAAGCAUUUAUGAGGGUGUUGGCCCAACAAAGAUUCUAAGAGCUUCCCUCUGGGGUUCUAAUCCUGGAACAAUUUAUAUUUUUUCUAAUAAAGCCACUGUAGAAUUUGCUACAGACUAUGCUGGAAAUUAUAAUGGAUUUAACGCAACAUACACUGCAUUUAAUUCAAAUGAGCUAAGUAGCAUUCAAAAAAUCAACUGUACUUUUGAAGAUGGCUUUUGUUAUUGGAUUCAAGAUUUGAAUGAUGAUGAUGAAUGGAUAAGAAUUAAUGGCUCCACCUUUCCCAUGACAUCUGGCCCUGAUUUUGAUCACACUUUUGGCAAUUUAUCAGGUUAUUAUAUUUCCACACCCAUGAUGGCUGGAAGCAUCCCACUGAGAAUCCGACUUAUCAGCUUACCCUUAGUGCCUGCUUCAAAUGUGUUCUGCCUCAGUUUCUGGUAUCACAUGUAUGGUAUACAUGUGUAUCGUUUGAGCAUUAAAAUCACAUAUGAUAAUAACACUGAAAAGACAGUUUUUGAGAAGGAAGGAAAUUAUGGAAACAACUGGAAUUAUGGCCAAAUACUAUUAAAUGAAUCAUCUAACUUUAAAGUUGCAUUUGAUGCCUUUAAAGUAUGGGGACAGAAUGAUAUCGCCAUUGAUGAUAUAGGACUGAUAAAUGGACACUGCAUAGAAAGUGUUUAUCCAGAACCUACCUUGGUCCCUACAGUCCCUACAACCCCGUUACUACCCACUGACUGUGGAGGGCCAUUUGAUCUGUGGGAGCCAAACACGACUUUUAAUUCACCAAACUUUCCCAACAAAUACCCAAACAAAGCCUCUUGUGUCUGGUAUUUAAAUGCAGAAAAAGGAAAAAAUAUCCAACUUCAUUUCCAGUAUUUUAAUUUGGAAAAUAUUUAUGAUGUUGUAGAAAUAAGAGAUGGCAAAGGAGCUGAUUCUUUAUUUUUAGCUGUCUAUACAGGAAGAUUCCCAGUGCCAGAUAUAUUCUCUACAACCCACCAGAUGACUGUGCUCUUCAUUACUGACAAGUCUGGAACUAGUAAAGGAUUUGUAGCCAAUUUUACUACAGGCUACAAUCUAGGGAUGCCAGAUCCUUGCAAACCCAAUUAUUAUCAAUGUGGAAGUGGAGAAUGCAUACCUCUGGUUUUCCUUUGUGACCAAUCACAGCAUUGUAAAGAUAAUUCUGACGAAGUCGACUGUGUGCGUUUAGUCAAUGGUUCUCUCAGCAUCAAUGGGCUGGUCCAGUUCAAGGUUGACAAUAAAUGGCAUACAGCUUGUGCAGAUGGUUGGACCGAACAACUGUCAACCAGUGUGUGCCACUGGUUGGGACUAUGGAAUGCAAAUACAUCAUUCCCUCUUCUAUUUGAUGGGACUGGCCCUUUCAUAGGAGUUCAAAAAGCAGCCAAUAGUAGCUUAAUAUUAAUACCAAGGCUACACUGUUCCAGUAACCUGGUGAUACACCUGCAAUGCAACAAUAAACAUUGUGGUGAAAGAUUGAUUCCCAGGAAACACAGCACAAAAAUUGUUGGUGGCUCUGAUGCUCAAGAAGGCGUUUGGCCUUGGAUGGUCUCACUAAGUUUCAAUUCCAAGCCAACUUGUGGAGCUUCCCUUAUCAGCAAUGAAUGGCUAGUCUCAGCUGCACACUGUGUAUAUGGAAGGAAUUUAAAUCCAUCUCAGUGGAAAGCACAUCUUGGAUUGCAUACCCAACUGAAUUUAUCAUAUCCACAAACAGUCAACCAAGAGAUAGAUCAAAUUAUCAUAAAUCCCCAUUACAAUAAGCGAACAAAAGACAGUGACAUUGCUUUGAUGCAUCUUCAAUUCAGAGUGAAUUACACAGAUUACAUUCAGCCUAUUUGCUUACCAGACAACAGCAAACAAUUUUUGCCAGGAACUAAUUGUUCUAUUGCUGGCUGGGGAAGAAUCAUACAUCAAGGUUCUGUUGCAAAUAUAUUACAAGAAGCAGUAGUUCCUCUUAUAACACGAAAGAAAUGCCAGCAGCAGAUGCCUGAGUACAAUAUUACUGGAAAUAUGCUAUGUGCUGGAUAUGAUGAAGGAGGAAUUGAUUCUUGCCAGGGAGAUUCCGGUGGGCCACUGAUGUGUCAAGAGAGUGAAAAGUGGAUACUGGCUGGCGUGAUAUCCUUUGGCUACAAGUGUGCACUCCCACAUCGGCCUGGCGUUUAUGUGAAUGUUUCCAGAUUUGUUGAUUGGAUAAAAAGAAUAAUUCAUUAG